UUUUUUUUUUUUUUAUUUCUUUAUCACUUUGUCUUUCUUUUGAAAUGAACUUUACUUUUGAGGGCAAUUACAAAUCAAAACGGAACAUCAAUCUAGGAGGUAACAAAGCUCAAGUUGAUAAGAAAAGUCUACUAGCAAAGGCGCAAAGUGAAAGAAAGGCUCGUGAACAAGAGCGCUUACGUUGGAAAAGUGCGCUCAAAAUUCAGUCCUUCUUUCGUGGUCGCCGUGCUGCUCAUGUGAUUUAUCAACAAGAAUAUUCCCUAUUACAACAACAACUUUCAAGUCUAGACUCUUUGAUUAACCAACCAUUCGACUCGAUUACAACUGCUACUACUAUUAUUACUCCUCUUGUUGUAUCCUGCAUUCGACAAGUUUUACUACUCUCUCAUAGUUCUCGUAUGGCUUAUUCAACUUGUAUUGGUAAGCUCAGUCAGGUGAUGAUCUCUGAUAUUUCGAUUGGUGAUAAACCCGAAAAAUACACUGUCAUUCAAUUAUUACUGCUAAAUGAUUUGUACGAAAUGGAUUCCAAAAUAUGGUUACUUGUUUUACUGGUGGGUCGUGCUAUUCUUCCAACUCUUACAAAUGAAAUUAGCUCUGAAAUUGAUGUAUCGACAACAUAUCAGGCAUUGGCUUAUCUUGUACAAUUGGUGGAUCCAAUUACAUGUAGUAUACUCGACAAGCACACAUCAUCAGCAUCAUUAGAAUCACGUGGGAUAUACAUUCGGAUGAUGACACAUCUAAUCUUGAAAGAUAACUUAUUUCAUUCGCUACAUAUUCUAUUACGACAGCUUGUUGAAUACAAACAUAUGGCGACGACGAUGCCCAAGACAGAUUCACAUUUUGGAAUGAUCAUGAAUAUAUUAUUUAGUUGUUUAGAUAACCUUCAACCUCCUUAUGACUAUCCCGCAUCAACUAUUGGCAACCUACGACCUCCUACAAUACAUCCACCAACUUUUAGCAGCUUCACCAAUGAAUAUACCUCGAUCACUUUUAAUCAAACAUCACCACCUUUAUUACUUUCACGACAAAGACUAUUGGAUAUAUUUGUACAAGAAAUCCUCUCUGUCCCAUUCCUUCUGCAAGAUGACAAUGGUGAUCUUCUUCAACUAGUCACCAGCAAAUUACCAAUCGAUUCUAUUCUAAAAACGAUUCUUUUCCAUUACUGUGAUGAUAGUGGUGACAAAUGGCAACUUGAAACUGAUACUGUGGCUGGAUUACUAAUGAAUCUUACAAUGCUCACGAGCUACAAUGCCAAUGGAAAAAUACAACACUUCUUGAUUGAUUAUUCUCAUGUGCUUCAAACUCUGCUUUGUAAUCUUCCUUCACAUUAUUUGGACGAUACCAAAGAUAAACGAAAUGAUACACGCAUGAUAGUGACUCGGAUCAUUCAGAUGUGGGUGACUCCAUUGCAAUGACUGAUAAUCAGAAUCCAGCUACUACAGCAAAAAAUGAAAGUCAGUAUAUCAAGUCAGGAUUGAUGACGUUGUAUGAUAGCGACCAUUUUGAUACUAUGCUACAUCAGUUUGUGAAUUUAAUUUUUCAAUAUACAACCCAACAUGAAAUUUCAGCAACAUCCUCUUCAAUGACUCAAUCCAUAGCAAAUUUAUUUGUGACCUUUAUUAUUCGAUGUCCAACAAAGAAAGAUCAUAUCCUCAAUACAUUACUUUAUUACCAUCAUCAUAAUCGUCAACAAAUAGAUGGCAAUUUGUCUAAUGUCUCUCUUCUUCAAAUUCUAUGGCAAAGUUGGCUUCACGGUGGUGGAAAUGACAUUCAAGUAUUUGAUGAAUCAAACGGACAUAUCAUGGAUCAUUUACAAGAAGCAGUACAGGCUAU